AUAUCUUAUUAUGACAUGAAAAUGUUUUUAGUACCAAAAGCUGCAAACCAGUCCAGCACGGCAGUGACAACAACCCAGCCAAUCACAUCCAUAGACUUCAUUACUCCACCAACCACUGCUCCCCCUGUUGACCCCUGCAACAACUACAACGUCCUGGAUGAGCCAUGGAGAGCCACCAGCAACGAAGAUUCCUCUCAGUUAAUGUGUGACAGUGCGGUGAGCUGGAGCGGCUGGUACCGUCUCUUCAUUAAUGGUCAGAGUGUUCAGAUGCCAGACACAUGUGUUGAUGAGUAUAGCUGCGGCACUAAUGCUCCACUGUGGCUGAGCGGAGGACAUCCAACACUUGAGGAUGGAGUGGUCUCUCGUAAUGUCUGCGCUCACUGGAGCAACAACUGCUGCUAUUUCCAGUCCAAUCCCAUUCAAGUCAAAGCCUGUCCUGGAGGUUUUUAUGUCUAUGAGUUUGUGAGGCCGACCACCUGCAAUUUAGCAUACUGUGCAGAUGUGAUGUUUAACACUAGCUAUACAACUGACACACCAGAGACGACCACAACAGAAACUACAACUAUAAUAUCUGAUGACAGAAACCCCUGUUCUGAACUCAACUGCUCCAAAGAGGAAAGGUGUGGGAUGAAAAAUGGUGUUUAUGGCUGUUUAUGUAACAAAGGCCUCCAAAAGCACAGAGCACCAAAAGACUCCUUUGAUUUCAAUGAGACCUGUGAGAGCAGCUCUGGCUCCAUGUCUGUGUCUCGCUGUCAGCUUUUUGAAGCUGGUUUUUCAGCUGAGCACUUACACCUCAAUGACCCCAGCUGCAGAGGAAGCGUCCAGAACGGCAGAGUGGAGUUUAACUUCGACAACGAUCAACACAUCUGUGGCACAAACCUUGUGGCCAACGGCAGCCACUUCAUCUACAGUAACUAUAUUGUGGGGACGUCGGAAACAGAAGGUCUCAUCAGCAGAGUGAGAAUCCUGAAGCUUUCUUUCAGCUGUGUUUAUCCUCAAACACAAACACUUUCCAUGAACGUGGAGAUCAACCCACUGCAGAGCACUGUGCACAAGGUCCUCCCCAGUGGUGAAGGGGUUUAUCAUGUGCGGAUGGUCCCGUAUGUGGAUGAAGAGUUCACUCAGCCCUUCACUGGUAGAGUGGAUGCAGAGCUGGACCAGGAGAUGCAUGUGGAGGUUGGUGUUGAGGGGGUCGACAGCCACCAGUUUGCGCUGGUGAUAGACGAUUGUUGGGCUACACCUGAGAAUGACCCUACGUACAGUCUCCAAUGGGACCUCAUCAUUGAAGGGUGUCCCAAUCCCAAGGAGGGCACAGUGAAGCUGCUGCAGAACGGCGUCUCCACAAGCAGCCGUUUCUCCUUCAGGAUGUUCAUCUUCACUGCAAACUCCACUAAGCUUUACCUGCACUGUGCUGUUCACCUUUGCCUUCUGUCCAGCGGACAAUGCUCAACGAGCUGUGACUCUGGAGAGCAGCGGAGAGAGCGCAGGGCUCUGGAUCUCCAUGACAGUGCGUCACUAUCUAUGGGUCCUCUAGUGUGGUCUGGAGGAAACACAGAUGUUCAGUUUCUCCCAGACCAAGUGAAGGUUUCUGAGGCUUCUUGUCUGUGUGCUUCUCUGGUGCUGUUGUUCAUUCCUCUGAUGAGUUUCUUCACCCUGUCUUAGUUUAUUGACACAGAAAGUGCAACUCUUAGUUUGGUUGAUUGUAAUGGAUGUGGAACUGGUUGUGGUGUUUCUUUAUUCCAUAAAUAUUAUUUCUUGAGGCACAGCAAUUUACAUGACAUAAUAUUUUACACAUUUAAUUCAGCAGGUUAAUUCUAUAAUUAUUUGGGUGUAUGUGCUAUAGUAACAAAGAUC